UGGAGGACAGGGCGGGGUCACCCAGUCAGGGGUGCCUCUUUAAAGCGCCCUCACCGGGGCUGCUGCAGCCAGACCCUGCUGCCCUCACCAUGAGUCCCAGACAGCCUGUGGUCCUGGCACUCCUCGCGCUGGGCUGCUGCUUUGCUGCCCCUCGCCACCAGCCCACCGUCGUGGUCUUCCCCGGAGAGCUGAGAAGCAGGCUCACCGACCGGCAGCUGGCAGAGGAGUACCUGUACCGUUAUGGUUACACCAAGGCAGCUGGCAUCCACCGAGGGAACCAGGCGUUUCCUGCAGCAUUGCUGCGCCUGCAGAAGCAGCUGGCCCUGCCGCAGACGGGUGAGCUGGACAGCGCCACCCUGGACGCCAUGCGAGCCCCGCGCUGCGGAGUCCCGGAUGUGGGCAGAUUCCAAACUUUCGAGGGUGACCUCAAGUGGCACCACCACAACAUCACAUAUUGGAUUCAGAACUACUCGGAAGACCUGCCGCGCAACGUGAUCGACGACGCGUUUGCCCGCGCCUUUGCGCUUUGGAGCGCGGUGACGCCACUCUCCUUCACCCGCGUGUACAGCCGCGACGCAGACAUCGUCAUCCAGUUUGGGGUCGCGGAGCACGGAGAUGGGUACCCUUUCGACGGCAAAGAUGGACUCCUGGCACACGCCUUUCCCCCAGGCCCCGGCAUCCAGGGAGAUGCCCACUUCGACGACGAGGAGCUGUGGACCCUGGGCAAGGGCGUCGUGGUUCCUACCUACUUUGGCAACGCCGACGGCGCCCCCUGCCACUUCCCCUUCACUUUCCAGGACCGCUCCUACACCACUUGCACGGCAGACGGCCGCUCCGACGGCAUGCUCUGGUGCAGUACCACGGCCAACUACGACAGCGACCAGCGCUUCGGCUUCUGCCCCAGCGAAAGACUCUACACCCAGGAUGGCAAUGCGGACGGCAAGCCCUGCCACUUCCCCUUCACCUUCCAGGGCCGUAGCUACUCGGCCUGCACCACUGAUGGCCGUUCCGACGGCUACCGCUGGUGUGCCACCACAGCCAGCUACGACCAGGACAAGCUCUACGGCUUCUGCCCAACCCGAGCCGACUCUACGGUGAUCGGGGGCAACUCGGCUGGGGAUCUGUGCGUCUUCCCCUUCGUUUUCCUGGGCAAGGAGUACUCGAGCUGCACCAGCGAGGGCCGCAAGGAUGGGCGCCUCUGGUGUGCCACCACGUCCAACUUCGACAGCGACAAGAAGUGGGGCUUCUGUCCUGACCGAGGGUACAGCUUGUUCCUUGUGGCAGCCCACGAGUUCGGCCACGCGCUGGGCUUGGACCACUCGACUGUGCCAGAGGCGCUCAUGUACCCCAUGUACCGCUACCUGGAAGGGUCCCCACUGCACGAAGAUGAUGUGGACGGCAUCCAGAAACUGUAUGGUCCUAACCCUGACCCCCAGCCUCGACCACCUGCCACCACCCCCCAACCACAGCCUACCACCACCACCCCCCAACCACAGCCUACAGCUCCCCCGACCAUCUGCCCCACUGGCCCCCCUACUGUGCGUCCCUCGGAGCCCCCCACCACCAGCCCCACCGGUGCUCCCUCAGCUGGCCCUACCGGGCCGCCCACGGCCGGCCCCUCAGCUGUGCCCACAGCGCCCUGGGACCCAGCUGAUGACGUCUGUGAAGUGGACAUCUUUGAUGCCAUUGCCGAGAUCGGAAACCAGCUGCUGGUCUUCAAGGAUGGGAGGUACUGGAAGUUCUCCGAGGGCAGGGGGCGCCAGUCGCAGGGCCCCUUCCUUAUCGCAGACACUUGGCCCGCAUUGCCCGCCAAGCUGGACGCCGCCUUUGAGGAGCCGCUCACCAAGAAGCUUUUCUUCUUUUCGGGCCGCCAGGUGUGGGUGUACUCGGGCGCAUCAGUGCUGGGCCCCAGGCGUCUGGACAAGCUGGGCCUGGGCCGGGAGGUGACCCAGGUCACUGGUGUCCUCCCGCGCAGCGGGGGCAAAGCGCUGCUGUUCAGCGGGCAGCGCUUCUGGAGGUUCGACGUGAAGAAGCAGACGGUGGAUCCCCGCAGUGCCACUCCCGUGGAGCAGAUGUUCCCAGGGGUGCCCUUGAACACACACGACAUCUUUCAGUACCAAGAGAAAGCCUACUUCUGCCAGGACCGCUUCUUCUGGCGUGUGAGUGCCCGCAGCGAGGUGAACAAGGUGGACCAAGUGGGCUACGUGAACUUUGACAUCCUGCACUGCCCUGAGGACUGAGACAGGGGGCCCUGCUACAGCAGCAUGGGCCGAGUCCCUGU